UGCCUACUUACAGAAAUGUAUACAGUUGUUUUUGACCAGAAAUUGAAGGUAUCUAAAUUGUUAAGCCACCUUCCAGUGGAAUAUCGGGACCUCGUACAAUAUUGUAUUAAUGCCCACUUCACCACUAUUACUGAGCAGUUAAGGACAGAGACCCAUGCUAUUACAUCUUCUCACCUCAGUGAUUUUGACUGGAAACUAAAGCUUGCUGUGUCUAGCGAUAAACUUGCAGUCUUGAGACAACCACUGUUAGAAUUGGAUCUAAAGUUACAACAGGGAGAAACAUCAAGAUGUUUGUCAGUUGAACUGUGUAAGGAUGAAUUAAAAGAGUUAAUCACUGUUUUGGAGGGAGCCCAGAAGGUAAGCCAGCACAUGAAGGCAUGAGAUGAAGACCAAUUGAAAAAAGGAGGGUAACCUACAGAAACAUGAUUUGUUUAAUUAAAAUAAGUCACUGGUUAAAGCUACAUUUAUCCAUGAAACAUUUUAAUUAUUAUUUUAUUAGGUUACUAAAAUCUUUAGUUGGUAAUGUAAUUUUGCAAGAAAACCAAAAUUAAAUGUAAUUUUACUAAAUAAUUUUUUUUUGCCAAUACUUGAUAAAUGAAUUUUUUAGACACUUGAAAAUGGAGGUUUCAUACUUAUGAAUAUUUACUUUAAACGUUAAUUUUAUAAAUUCAAGUUGAAUACUGUAUAUCCUGAGAAAAGACUGUAACUGAUGAGGUGUAAAAUAAUAAAUCAUAACAAAAUGCACACAUUUUAUAAAAGUUAUAUGUAUAUAUAUAUAUUGAGUGAAUAAACAAAAUGUACACUUAAAAUAAAAUAUGAAAUAGUGAUA